AACAAAUUCAGUCAAAAGUCAUAUGCUAUUCUAAAGGAUAGCUAAAGGACACCUGUGUAGUGUUUUUCAAGGACGUGAUAAUUUCUUUUGUUUCAUUUCAUUCAAAUAGUCUUUCAAAAUUCUUCUGAGGAACUCAGUACUUUUUAAAGUUUCUUUCUUUCUUUUUUUUAGACAAGGUCUCACUGUGGUCUUGAAUUUGUGACUGGCCUGCCUACAUCUAGACUGUUGGGAUUACAGGCAUUGCACUGGCAUUCCUAGUUAAUUAAUCUACUGGGGACUUUAUUAUAAUUGAACUAUAUACAAGAGCAUAUGCUUUUAUCUUUUACCAACUUAGAAAAUCUGCACCUAGCCUGGCAUUCCAUUGUCAUUUUUUUUUUCCCUGGGACAUUAGAGAUUCAGUUGAGCCUAAGUCCAUGAGCAGUGUGUGUAGACCUAUUAUAAUUUUUAUUAAUUUUCUGGACUGACUUGUUCUAUUUUUCUCUUUUUAGUACCAUAGACUUUUCAAAACUUUUUAAAAAGAAGUCUGUGGUAGGCCAAAUGAGAUGGUUGGCAAUUCUUGACAGCCUGAGUUUGAUCCCAAGACCCACAUGAUAGAAGUAGAAAACCAGUUCCUCAAAGUUGUUCUCUGACUUAAACAAACACCUAAGUAAUUAUUUAAAAUCUCACUUUUUGAGUUAUCUUUAUGGAUAGCUCCCAUUUAUCUCAUGAUUAGCACAGUCAUCAUGAUGUUUUAGGUUCUUAAUAUUUUUGACUAAUUGACUGAAAGAAGAGUUGUUUUAGUUGUGACAUACUAGUAAUUAUCUAGGGCAAGAUACUUAAUAAAUAAAACUUUUGCUGGAACUGAGUACUCCGCCAUACAAUGAAUAAUCUGAUUUUGCUAUAGUUAUUUGAACAUUAUUCGGUUAUCACUCUACUGUUUUUUGUAACAUAUAUUUCCCUUUUAUUUCUUAAUGCUUAAUUCAAGUGUCCUCUCCUGUCUAAUGGCUCAGUGAAUAUAGAAUUCUGGUAUUUUAUACUUUAACUAUGCUUCUGUGUUUCCCAAGUUACUCACCGAACUUUCUUCACUUCUUUCAGUUUAAUUUUAGACACAUCUGAUACAGAAAUUUUAAUUCUUAAUUUUUCAAACCUUUAUUAAUUUUUGCAUAAUUUUAUGUGUAUUUGUAUGAAAAAUGCUAUUAAACUUAAGGAAUUUGAAUAUCUCAUUUUGGGAUUAGUAAUGUCAGAAAGAACUGUCUUAGUUUCGAAAGUCUCUAGUUAAUCACCUUAUCACAUGUGGGAUGUUGGUUAUGUGACUUCCUAUGACAUCAACUAUCUCGCUGUUAUUAUCAAGCACAAUAAGGUAACAUUAUAGAAACAUAGCUGCUAUUAGUUUCAGUGUCACUAAUGUUAGGAAUAAACCCAAUUAUGAGCCAGUGUGUAGCACUCCUGAAACUUACGUAGAGAGCUAAAUUGAACACAUUGUAUCUUCACUGCUUGUUUUUUUUUUUUUUUUUUUUUUUUUUUUUUUUUUGUCUGCCUCUAACCUUACAAUAGCUUUCCGUUGCUCUUGGAAUAAAGUACAAGGAGGAGUUUCUCGUGGUUUUUACCUGACUCGUCUCCGUACUCUUGAGACACUCAGACCUGGCACGUCCUUGAUUAUCUAGGUUCCCGACACUGUACUCUUGCAGGUUCUUCACAUGUUCUGUAUCACCUGGUACACUUCUGAUCUUUAACAGUCCACAUUAAAGGCAAGGCUUUGGGGAAGAUUUUCCAAACUAACCCUCAUUAAAUCCAGGGCACUAGUACAUUUCCUAUGUCACACAUCCCACACUGUUUGAGCAUGUUUGAAAUGUGUAUGCCCUGUUAGGUGGGAAACUAUGUACAAUUUAUAGAUCCGAUCUUCCUACCAUUAUAGGCACAACAUCUACAAAUUAAAUGGCUAUCUAUGGUAAUAAGUUAAGACAGGUUAAGCUAAUAAUUAUUAAAUUUCUGUGAAAGGAGAGCAAACAUUAUUAAGUACUCCACGAGCAUGAAAAUAUGGAAGUAAUCAUGUAUUCCCACCAUCUGAUAUGAGCAUGGUAUUUGACCACCUUAACUUUUCAUAGUGUUUCUCCUACUGUUACUGUGACUCACACUUUCACAAAACUUUGAAAAUAAAGAAAACUACAAAAAGGAAAGAUAAGCAUGUGAUCAAUUAAACUUUUAAAAAUUUUGUAGGUACUAAUUAACGGUGAGGCACCCUAGCAUUACGCACUUGUAAAUCAUGUGAGGACUCUUACUAGAGAUAGCUAAUUCCAUUUAGUCAUCAUACUUGCUUAGUUUAUGUUUAACUUGUGUUGCUCAGGAAACUCCCUGAACAAGGUCAAGUAGGUUUGAUAAGAGAAAUAAACGACACAAAAACCAGUAACAAAACCAACAGCUUUUUCUAAGAAAGUAAAACUGCGAAUGAACGCAUGGUGGCGCUGUUGGCUAAAAAGGCGAAUUUAGACUUAGUCACAGACUCACAGUGCAAUCUGACGCGGUAAAUCCAGGGCUUGUGAACCUGGGCAGAUUUUUAAGCAAGAAAAACGGAAUCCCUGGAAAAUAGCAGUUGUUAGGCUGUCUCCAAAAGACUUCGUUUUUCACAGAGAGAUAUAAGGCUCCUCUUGGUGACAAGCUCUUGGAAAAACACGGCAGAAAUACAAUGGAGGCCAGGGAAGAGCGCUUUCUUAAACACAGGCAAGUCUUGCUUCUCUUUGUUUUUCUGGGUGGGUCUCUGGCUGGGUCCGGGCCUAGGCGUUAUUCUGUGGCCGAGGAAAACGAGAGGGGCUACUUAAUAGCCAAUCUAGCGAGGGAUCUGGGGCUCAGUGUUGAAGAAGUGGCUGAAAGGAGAGCUCAGGCUGUCUCCAAAGGGAGCAUCCAGUAUUUUCAGCUCAGUCAUCAGACGGGAGAUCUGCUCUUGGCUGAGAAGCUGGACCGGGAGGAGCUGUGCGGUUCCACGGAGCCUUGUGUGCUGCCCUUUCAGAUACUGCUGCAUAAUCCUUUGCAGUUUAUCACGAAUGAGCUCGAGGUCAUCGAUGUGAAUGACCAUGCACCGGAGUUUUUUGAGAAUGCAAUGCAGCUGAAGGUCCCAGAAGGCUCCCCACCCGGGACGGCGAUUCCUUUGGGAAGUGCCGUGGACUUGGACGUGGGGAGAAACGGACUCCAGAACUACACGGUCUCUCCCAGGUCUCAUUUUCACGUUCGCACCCGCCUUCGUAGGGAUGGAAGGAAGUAUCCGGAACUAGUGCUAGACAGCGCUCUGGAUCGGGAGGAGCAGCCAGAGCUCAGCUUAACUCUCACAGCCCUGGACGGAGGAGCCCCGCCUCGGUCUGGCACUGCUCAGAUCCGCAUACUUGUCUUGGACGUAAACGAUAACGCCCCAGAAUUUACACAGUCGCUCUAUGAGGUUCAAAUCCUAGAGGAAAGCCCAGUUGGCUCUGUCAUUGCCACCGUCUCAGCUUCUGACUUAGACACGGGAAAUUUUGGUUCAGUAUCAUAUGUGCUUUUUCAUGCUUCUGAAGAAAUUCUGAAAACUUUUCAACUAAAUCCCAGUACUGGUGAUAUACAACUAGUUAAGGGGUUGGAUUAUGAAACAAUCACUACUUACGAGGUUGACGUAGAGGCCAAGGACGGUGGAGGCCUUUCAGGAAAAUGCACAGUCAUAGUCCACGUAGCUGAUUUGAACGAUAACCCACCAGAACUGACUUUGUCAUCAGUGAGCAGUCUCAUCCCUGAGAAUUCCGCAGAGACUGUGGUGGCUGUUUUCAGUGUUUCUGACUCAGACUCGGGAGAUAACGGGAGAGUUACAUGUUCCAUCCAGAAUGAUCUCCCCUUUAUCCUGAAGCCAUCUGUAGAGAAUUUCUAUACUAUAGUAUCUGAAGGAACUCUGGACAGAGAGAGCAGAGCCGAGUACAACAUCACCAUCUCCGUCUCCGACAUGGGCUCACCCAGGCUCACAACGCAGCACACCAUAACAGUGCAGGUGUCUGACAUCAACGACAACGCCCCCGCCUUCACCCAAUCCUCCUACACCCUGUCUGUCCGCGAGAACAACAGCCCCGCCCUGCACAUAGGCACCAUCAGAGCCACAGACUCAGACUCAGGCUCCAAUGCCCACAUCACCUACUCGCUGCUGCCAUCACAGGACCUGCAACUGGCCCUGGACUCGCUCAUCUCCCUCAACACGGACAACGGGCAGCUGUUCGCACUCAGAGCACUGGACUAUGAGGUCAUGCAGAGCUUUGAGUUCCUUGUGGCCGCCACAGACCAAGGCUCCCCUGCACUCAGCAGCCAGGCGCUGGUGCGCGUGCUGGUGCUGGACGACAAUGACAAUGCGCCCUUCGUGCUCUACCCUCUGCAGAACGCCUCUGCGCCAUGCACUGAGCUGCUGCCCAGGGCGGCGGAACCUGGCUACCUGGUCACCAAGGUGGUGGCAGUGGACCGCGACUCUGGCCAGAAUGCCUGGCUGUCGUUCCAGCUGCUCAAGGCCACGGAGCCAGGGCUGUUCAGUGUGUGGGCGCACAAUGGCGAGGUGCGCACCACCAGGCUGCUGAGUGAGCGCGAUGCCCCCAAGCACAGGCUGCUGCUACUGGUCAGGGACAAUGGCGAUCCUCAGCGCUCUGCCAGUGUCACUCUGCAUGUGCUAGUGGUGGAUGGCUUCUCCCAGCCCUACCUGCCUCUGCCAGAGGUGGCGCGCGACCCCGCGCAGGAUGAUGAAGAUGUGCUCACGCUGUACCUGGUCAUAGCCUUGGCGUCUGUGUCUUCACUCUUUCUCUUGUCUGUGCUGUUCUUCAUCGGGGUAAGACUGUGCAGGAGGGCCAGGGCGGCUCCUCUGGGUGGCUGCUCUUUGCCCGAGGGACACUUUCCUGGUCACCUGGUGGAUGUCAGCGGUAUGGGGACCCUGUCUCAGAACUACCAGUAUGAGGUAUGUCUGACUGGAGACUCUGGGACUGGUGAUUUCAAAUUCCUAAAUCCGGUGAUACCAAACCUGUUUCUGGGAGAAUCUGAGAGAGAAGUUAAGGAAAGUCCCCACUGCAGGAGUAGUUUUGUGGUCAGCUAAGUAUUACUGUGAUUGCUUCAUCAUCUCUCAGUUCAGGUAAACUUCUUAUUGUAAUUAUUCUUUUAAGAAAUUGUACUAUCUAAACCUUUCCUUUACCAGUAAUUCAACCCAUGGUAUCCCAAAUAGCUCUAAACUUGUUACGUUUUAUUAAUACUAUUUUUCCUCAGGAUUUUGUAGUUGUGGUAUUACAUACUCAUUUCCUCUAUAUUUGCACAUCUCUUACUGAUUAUCAUCAUUACAGUUAAUGAAACUAAUAUCUUCAUGCCAUUCUGGAACUUUCAAAUGCACUUAAGAAAAAUUAAAGUCAUGUGUAUUUCUGGCACCUAUCCUUACCAUAUAACUUUAUGUAUUUUUGGGCCUUGACCUUUUGGUUAAGCAAUCUGAAGAGCUGUAAAAUCUAGCACACUUCUUCCUCCUAAACUGUAGGUAAACACACACUUCAUUAAAACAUCAGUGCACGGAAGUUGUGCCACCUUGUAGCCUAAAGAUUGUGGGCUUUUAUUCACAAGCAUGCCAUAAAUGACUUCUCAAAUAAUUAUUAUGCAAUAAAAAUA